AUGCGGGAGAACUUCCCACAGAGAAUUUCAUCGGAUCCCAAACCUGUCGGUGGACACAGGGAGCUCUCCUGGGGCCGGCAGCGGGACGGCUGUGGCCACACGCUGCUGACACCCCACAGUGGCACCCUCAGCUCCAAGAACUACCCGGGCACGUACCCCAACCACACCGCCUGUCGCUGGAGGCUGCGGGCCCCCCCCGGCACCUCCUUGCUCCUGGCCUUCGGGGACGUGGAUCUGGAGCCCUCGGAGCGCUGCGCCCGCAGCUCCGUUCUGCUUGCUGACCCCCAGGUUGGCACUGCCUAUGGGCCCUACUGCAGGAACGCUGUUCCUGCCACCCCGCUCCUGGUGACAAACUCCAGCUCCGUCACCGUCCUGUUCAACAGCAGCAGCCACCGCUCAGGACGAGGCCUCCUCCUCUCCUAUGCCACCUCGCAGCACCCAGACCUGGUCUCCUGCCUGGUUCGAGGCACCCACUACACCCAGGAGCACAUCAGUGUGUACUGCCCCGCGGGCUGCAAGGACAUUGAGGGGGACAUCUGGGGCAACCCAAGCCAAGGCUACCGUGACACCUCAGUGCUGUGCAAGGCAGCUGUUCACGCUGGGGUGGUCGCAGACGAGCUGGGGGGACAGGUCAGCCUGUCCCGGGAGAAGGGCAUCACGCUCUAUGAGUCGGCCUUUGCCAACGGGCUGCACUCCAAAAGGGGAUCCCUCUCUGAGAAGCGGCUCCUAUUCCACAGAGCCUGUGAUGACACGCUGGAGGUGGCUGCCUUCAAUGCCUCAUCAUGGUGGCAUGAGGUGGAUGUGCUGGGCCAAGACCGAGCCUGGGUGGCCGAGCGGGCAGCGCUGGCCAGCGCUGGCCACUCCUGGGCAGCUGACCCCAGCUCUGAGGCCGCCUGGCUGGAGCUGGACCUGGGCACCCGCAGAAACGUCACAGGCAUCAUCACCAAGGGCUCCUCCAACCAUCAUGACUACUAUGUGAGGUCCUACCGGGUGUCCUUCAGCCGCGACGGGAAGAACUGGAAACCCUACAGAGGCAGCAGUGGCCAGGAGGACAAGGUCUUUGAAGGAAACUCUGACAGCCACGGGGAGGUCUUCAAUGCCUUCAUCCCCCCCAUCGCUGCCCGCUACAUCCGUGUCACGCCCCAGAGCUGGCACCAGCGCGUGGCCUUCAAGCUGGCCCUGGUGGGCUGCCAGCUGGCACGGGUCCGUGCGCCCCGGCCCUACGUGCCCAGAGUCCCCGAGGAGGUCCCUGUCCCCACCAGCCACCCAGCCAGCCAUACACCCAUCCCUGGUGUCACCCUGGACCCACAGAAGGCAGGCUCCAUGCUGCUGGUGAUGCUGCUCAUUGGUGGCUUCAUCCUCCUCUGCUCCAGCCUCCUGCUGCUGGCUUUCUUCUGCCACAGGAAGAGGAAACCAACAGCAGAGCUGAACUGUGGGAUCAUGAAAGGGUACCCUGAAGUGGAGUCGAGCCAGGUGUGCUCCCUGCAGAGCCUGCAACCCCCUGGCUCCAUGCUCACCUCCUUCCCCACCCCACCGACACUGGAAGACCUCAGCCAGACCCAUUUAUCAGAGUACGCCGAGCCAGACCUGCUGCAGGUGAGCCCCAGCAGCCAUCCAGGGCCUUCCACCUUCAAGCCCUUCCCAGAUGAGGGCUACACGCUGCCGCUGGUUGUGAGCCACUACGAUGUACCAGGAAAAUACCACGAGUAUGCCGAGCCGCUGCCGCCCGAGCCCGAGUACGCCACGCCGUUCUGCGAGCCUGAGCCUGCCCGUAUUCACUGCAGCCCCUGCCCGGCCGGGCUGCCUGGCUGCUCCCCGCUGCGGUACGAUGCGCCUACCCUGCGGCUUGCCGAGCUGCCCGGUGGCGCCCGGACUGCCAGCCCCGGCAGCAUCGAUGAUCCCUCUGCGGAAGGCUCGCCGGGGGACUGUCCCCUCUCACACGUUUACCACGAAGCCUUAUGA